AGUUCAUUCAAUUCAUUUCACGAAAAGGACUUUUAUUUCGCUCUGGCGAUGUGACGUCAUAAGGCUGCGCGCGCUCCCGCGUCUGUGAUUCAGCUGAAGAAAGAAAAACUCAACUGAGAUCCACGUGACACACCAUUAUAAAGAUGGCCUUUAGUAGCGAGCAGCGUGAAGACAAGAAGAUUGACGAAACAUUUGGUGACAAACAUGAAGAUACUGAGAAACAAACAGAUCUGGAAGAAGAGAGUGAAGAACUGAAUGAAAUGCAAGAUGAUUUUAAAAAACACAAUUUUGUAACUGGAAAAAAAUUAUACAGUCGAUCACAGAUUGACACGACACAGAAUUUGACACGAAAAAGACCUAAAAAUACUGGAAUGAGAUUUCAUUUCACCUGCCAACAAUGUGGAAAGAGUUUUGAUCGACAAGGAAGACUUCAAGUCCACAUGAGAAUUCACACCGGAGAAAAGCCUUACAGCUGCCAACAAUGUGGAAAGAGUUUUGAUCAACAAGGAGAACUUCAAGUCCACAUGAGAAUUCACACUGGAGAAAAGCCUUACAGCUGCCAACAAUGUGGAAAGAGUUUUGAUCGACCAGGAAAACUUCAAGUCCACAUGAGAAUUCACACUGGAGAAAAGCCUUACAGCUGCCAACAAUGUGGAAAGAGUUUCCCUUCAAAGAACCAUCUUAAAAGGCACAUGAUAGUUCACACCGGAGAAAAGCCUUACAGCUGCCAACAAUGUGGAAAGAGUUUUGCACAUAAAAACAAUCUUAAUGACCACAUAAGAAUUCACACAGGAGAGAAACAUUUCACCUGCCAACAAUGUGGAAAGAGUUUCCCUUCAAAGAAAGGUGUUAAAAGGCACAUGAUAGUUCACACUAGAGAGAGGCCUUUCACCUGCCCUCAAUGUGGAAAGAGUUUUGCACAUAAAAACAAUCUUAAUGACCACAUAAGAAUUCACACAGGAGAUAAACAUUUCACCUGCCAACAGUGUGGAAAGAGUUUCUUUCUAAAAAGUUACCUUAAAAGGCACAUGAUAAUUCACACAGGAGACAAACCUUUCCUCUGCCAUCAGUGUGGAAAGAGUUUCAAUGGACAUGGCGGCCUUAAAGUCCAUAUGAGGAUUCACACAGGAGAGCGGCGUUUCACCUGCCAACAGUGUGGAAAUAGUUUCAAUGAAAAAGGAGGCCUUAGAAGGCACAUGAGGAUUCAUACCGGCGAGAAGCCUUUCACAUGCCCUCAGUGUGGAAAAGGUUUUACUCGACAAGGAAGCUUUAACAGGCACAUUAGAAUUCACACUGGAGAGAAGCCUUUCACGUGCCCUCAAUGUGGAAAGAGUUUCACCCUUAAAAACACGCUUAAUGACCACAUAAGAAUUCACACAGGAGAGAAACCUUUCAACUGUCAACAGUGUGGAAAGCGUUUCAUUCAAAAAAGAUACCUUAAUGUCCACAUGAGGAUUCACACAGGAUAGAAGCCUUACACACACUCUCUGUUUGGAAACAGUUUUACUCAACAAGGAAGCUUUAAAAGGCACAUGAGGAUUCAUACUGGAGAGAAGCUUUAAAUUCUCAAACUGUGGAAAAACUCCACAAAACUAAACCUUAGCUAUCACAUGAUCAGUAACACUAGUGAGAAGCUGUUUAUAUUUGAUUAUUGUAGAAAAAACUUCAGAAAUAAAGUAACCCUUAAUGAGGCUUCACACUGGAGCGAGACCUUUCAUGUGUCUUCAGUUUGAAAUGAGUAUCACAAAUCAGAAACGCCAUGAUCAGUAAUAUCACAAAACUUGGUCUAUAUCUAUCACAAUACCUGGGUGCUGAAUUGAUUUUUAUUCUAUCCUAUAUAUGGAUUCUACUAGUAUUUAAAUAUAUUGUGAUUUUUGUUUGCUUUUUUAACACUGACCAUGGGGAAAAGUUGAAUCAUACAGACUGUAUGUGAUGUAUAAGAUGAGUCAUAUUAAAAGCUAUUAAUCACC